UGUUAAAAUAUAAUUCUGUUCGAUUUUACAAUUGUUCUGUUCAAAUUCUUUAUUUUAAAAUAGUAAUAGUUUAAUUCAGUUUGUUUAUAUGUGCUUGUUUGUUCGUUUAUUUGCUGUAUUUUGUUUGUUUAUUGGUUUGACAUACUAUUUUAACAAAUUUUUGUCAAAGGGUGGUGUUAUACAUGGAAGUGUGACUGAAAACCAUGGACAAAAUGGUGGAGGGCUAGGUGACGUGUCUGAGGUUGAUGCAACAAAGGGAUUGACGGAUGAUGUUUUGGAAUAGAAUGAAAGACAAAAUAUAAAGGAGACAGACACUGAGAUUCAGAAUAUCGAUGUUGUGGGCAAGACUAUCGCGACAGAAAAGCAUAGUUGGUGAAACUGAAAUUGCCGUUAGUAAGGAGACGAUGGUUCAAAGUGUAAGGGGUCAGCUAGAUGGUUCAACCAUGAAUGAGGUUUUAAUGGAUGCUGCAACUGGAAGUGAAAAGGUUCAAGGCGACGAUGUUAGUGGCGCUACCGUUGUUAGGCAGGAGGUCAGACGUUCUAACAGGGUUAAGGGGAUCCAGGUGGGUGAUGCCGGGAAGCAGGUGCUUCGUCCUACCACAACAAAGACAGGGGUUGACGAGAACUCCAAAACAAUAGUUGUGGUGGAUCGGUUACCGUUACAAGCCAUUGACACAAACAUUAUUAGUCCAGAAAGACGCGAGACUAAAGCUACAGGGAAGAGCAUGUUCUUGCAUACUUUAAAAUUCCGCUCGCCCUAUUUUCAAUGUGAUAUAAGCACUUCAAAACCGUUGAAAAAAAAUGAGAAGGAGUUGGGAUUUUAUGCCAUGUACUUGGACAGUGGGGAGAACAAGGAAAUUUUAUUCGAAUUGAUGGAUAUACAAGUAAGGCGUUUUGAGUUGUUAUCAAUGAGAAGAGGCAAUGUGGUGAACAUUUCUAUUAUAGAUGCAUGGACGCUAGUUCUGAACUGGAAAGAGCAAUAUCGAUCAAAUAGUUCACCACUUCGGUUUUUUUCUACGGCCAGCCUAUAUCUCGAUAGCAUAGCUCCGCAAAAUUUAAGUCUUGAAUCACAACGAGCUAAAUUCUUGAUGGAGUUAUAUGUAGAGUUGAUAGAGUUUGGAAAAAAUCCAGUUGGGAACAUUGACAUGUUUUUCUUUCCCGUAUAUGAACAAGAACGAUACUUUGCACUGUGUGUGGAUUUAAAAAGAGAACGAAUCUUUGUGCUGGACAAUCUCAUAGACAUACCAGAUGACAUUGAUGUGAUGAAGUAUGACAGCCUCUGCACCAAAGUUCGUACACUAUUGGUGUAUUAUCUAAACGACAAAGAAGAGACCAUCAAGGCAAAAUCGGUGACUAAUUCCAAGAUGCAUAUUGUCAAACUGAAGUGGCCGGACAAGAGAAAUACAUUGGACACAGCUAUUUAUCUUAUGCGACAUUUAUAGACCUUCAUGGGAGAUAGUUCGUCAAAUUGGAAGUGUGACAUGUCCAACGCAAGUACACGACAAAUCUCUCGAAUGCGCGUGAGGUAUUGCUCAUCCAUAAUAUCAUGGUCUGGGAACGAAGUGAAGAAAGUGAUUGAGGAGAAUGCUGCAGUUGAAUAUCACAAGAUAUGCAGUGAUCCAUCGGUUAACAUAGAUUCAGUCUUGGUGGGUUGAGUUAGAUUGAUUUCUAAAUAAAUUUAAAUUAUCUUGAAUUUUGAACAUAUUUAACUUAUCACUCCCAAGUGACUUGAUCGUUUUUUAGAGAUAUUAUGGAUUUCGAUUGUUUUUGAGA